UAAGUCAGUCAUUACAUUUCAGAGCGUUUAUUAGGGUCCGCCCUGCUAUGGCAAAGGACUCCAUGUCCUUUGCCAUGGCAAGGACCCUAUUGAAUCUGUAACGUUUCUUAUUAUUAUUCUUUCUUUCUUUCUUUAUUCCGCACCGUCGCACCGCAAUUUCACCCCCUUAACAUGCUUCAAAACUCACCAAAGUUAACGCACACGUCGGUCUGGCAUGCCUUCCCAACUUAUUAAGCAACCAAACCCCAAAAAUGAAAAUUGCGCGCUAGCGCCCCCUAGGAAAAAAAAAACAGACUUCUUGUAACUUCCAUUAGGAAUGUCGUAGAGACAUGAAACAAAAACCUCUAUGAAGGGCUGACUUAUACCUAAAUUUCAUAAUUGUAUCUUCUGGGGCAAAAAUCAACAAAAAAUUUGCAAAAGCCCCUUUAAAGCAAAAUUUUCGCAAAAAAUUCAAUUUUUGCCUCUUUGAACUAUAAUUUGACCCCCUUAAGAUGCUUCAAAACUCACCAAACUUGGCAGACACAUCAGGACUGGCAGAAAUUGCGAUCUAAUGAAAAAAAAAAAUAAAAAAACUCAAAAUUGCGCUCUAGCGCAAUUUUUGAAUAAAACACAGAAAAAACUGCUCCUAGGAAGAGAAAACAGACAAAACUGCUUGUAACUUCCAGUAGGAAUGUCGGAAAGACAUGAAACAAAAACUGCUAUGUAGGUCUCUCUUAGAUCUACAUUUAGAUGGACAUCCUUCGGCCAAAAUCAACAGGAAGUGAAAAAUUGCCCCUUCAAAAUAAAAGUUUUGUGAAAACCCGUCACCGUUUUUAAAUCGAAACUCCUCCUAGUGCGUUUGUCGUUUCGGCUUCAAACUCGCACAGGAGAGAGAUUGAACCCUUUUGAUUAAAACUGUCGAACAAAGUUUUGAUUAUUGCUCCGGUUUGGAUUUUACGCGCCUUCAAAAAAAACCCUGCGCAAAGUUUCCUAAAAAAUGUAUUUUUUGCCUCUUUAAACUGUAAUUUGACCCCCUUAAAAUGCUUCAAAGUGCAAGUUAAAGCUCUACUAUGCAAAGCAAAAGCCUUUUAUCAACAACAUCCAGAAUCGCCGAUCUGUAAUUUCACCCCCUUAACAUGCUUCAAAACUCACCAAAUUUUACAGACAUAUCAGGACUGGCAAAAACUGCCAUCUAAUAAAAAACCAAAACCCAAAAAUCAAAAUUGCACUUAGCGCCCCCUAGGAAAAAAAACUGACAAAACUGCAUGUAACUUCUGUUAGAAAUGUCGUAUAGACAUGGAAUAAAAAACUUCUACGUAGGUCUGACUAAGAUCGGGACUCGGCGGCGGCGGCCAACGGCGGACCCGACCAACGCUGCUUGCAGCUUUAAUUUUUGUUGGAUCCAUAUGCAGGGUCACUUAUGUUUUUAAGGUUGCAUGAGCGCGCCAACAAACACAAUAGAAAAGUGAAUGCGCAGCUUCGUACGUUUGUCCCAUAAAACCCAUUUUGGUGCAACAAAGCGGUCAAACGUUUGAGGCUUUAAUAACCUUUGACCUCACUUACCGGAGUCUCGGAGAAUAUUUUGCGCGCGGUUUUCGACGCCAAGAUACGCGCAGAGUUCAGGCUCGGAGGCUGCAAGACAAAAUAUACGCUUAGAAGACAAACUUUGAACGCUUGAACGACAAUUAUAGAUGCGUGUUGGCGCUCACCGUGUUUUCUUUAUCCAGCGACAUGUUGCUGACGUCACCACUCAGCUUGUUCUCGUUGCGGACGGAAAGGGGCGAGCGAGCAGACUGCAUUUCGACAGUUAAAAUGAGUUUAAAAGUAAAUAGUUAUAAAAUAAUGCAGGCGUUCUAAACUACCACACAGACACAGGAAGGAAACAGAAUGAAGCAGCUUCAGUUUGCCGCUCGUCUUUUCAUUCUAACUUUGGCGCCGGAACGCUGUGAACCAAUAGGAGCGAAGCUUGUACUGUCCUUUUAAGAGAGUCGUGGCAGUUUCACCAAUCACAAGGCUCUUUACACAGUCACGUGAAUUGGUGACGCGGACUGCACAAAAGGGUUACAAAACUAAAAAUAAAUGCUUACAAAACACUCCAAUUUUAAAUUACACGUAGAAACCGGCACCGGACUCUGAAAGCAUUAAUUAACUUCAGCUUUUUUUAACAGAACAUUUGACACAAAUCAACGUUAACUAUCAAAUUAGAUGACGAAUUAUCAGACCAAAAAUGUGUCCUUUUGUUGAAGUACGAGACUGGGAACAUAUUAAUGUAACAGCUUUAGGAUACUUUUUUUCUCCUUCCCAAAACUUAAUUGUGAUACUGGCUGUAACAGACGAUCUUUGAUCCAUUACGGAGUGGACAAGCUGAAAUUAAAGGAAUAUAAACACUAGUAUUAGAACCGUCCGGUUAAUUUAACGUGAAUUUUCAUAAAAAUGUUAUCUUUUUGUAUGAAAAACGAAAACAUGUGUGCAUGACAUCGAAUUUCGGUCGUGAGACAACCAAAAUGGUAUUUCCUUCCGAGGUCUUGUUUCUGCCCGGUCCUGUGACACGGACGGUACAACAAGACAUGUCACCAGCGGACGAAGACAUCGUCGAAGUGUCUCGAAAUGAUGACACCAACAAAGUGCAGAUGAUUAAAGGUGCAGCCUUUUUGAGCACGGUGGCGUCUUUGGGGCUCAUCGCGGGCUUUGGCUCCACUCUGGCGCUGGCCAAGAAGAACAACCCAGACUGGUUCAAUAAGGGCGUUACAGCGUCACUUCCUGAGAGCGGCGCAGCACUUGCCUUGCGGGCUCUUGGCAGAGGUACAAUGUACGCCUGGUGUGGCGUGGGGCUGCUGAGCUUCACCGUGUGGAAACUUCUGGAUGUUCACAGUCUGCCUGAGUUCAGAUGCAAGAUGGCCUCCCUCUUCCCGCCUAUCCCAAAGUCGGACACGGCGGUGGGGUCUGACCUGCAGGACUUGGAGUCGCUUUUUAAGUCCAAGUAACGGAGGCACUAAAGUGAGCGUGUUGGAACGCAGCCCAGUUGAACUGAGAACGUUUGGUGCUUUCAGGGACCCUCAGACAAAGCGGGGACAUUGGACACGUGUCACUUGACUCAUGUUAAAUGAAUACAUGAAUAUCAUCACAUGCUAGUGAAGCUUCCUGUUAACUGCAUUCUGUACAAUCAAAUAAGUGCUGGCACCUGACAGAGUCCUGAUACACAAAGAUGCUUUUGGUUUUAAUUAUCCACCCAUUCAUCCAUUUUCUACCGCUUGUCACCCUCGGGGUCAUGGGGGUGGCAGGAGCAUAUCCCAGCUGAAUUUGGGCGGAAGACGGGGUACACCCUGGACAAGUCAGAACCUCAUCAAAUUAUUUAGAAUUUGUGAAUAGUGUACUUUAAAUAAGCUGAUUAGAAGGGAGCAUGUCGUGUUUGUGCACAUUGGUUGAUGUUGAGGAUUCAGUCAAGAUGGCUCUCACUACCAGACCAAUUGGGCCUACUUUUCGUCUCGGUUAUUGGUACCUUGGUCAGUGUUGCCAUACGGGAAAUUACUAAUUAAUGUAUGAGAAUCUAAAAAUUAACAUAUUUUUUAGAAUGUCAUUUUCCAAACCACAUAUGAUGUUGCUCAGAACUAUCUGAUACAGUAAAACUUCAGCACAGA